CCCCCCACACACACAGCAGAGGAGGGGGAAUAAAUUCGGCAGCGGCGCGGGCGGGCUCGCACAUCCCUUUAACCGGCCGGCGGGCUCAUCCCUUUAACCACCGGCUGCGGUUGGGUUUGAACGGGAGCGGCGGCGGGACAGGCCGGGGAACUGCGGGCGGGAGGCUGCGCCGCGCCGGCCGAGCGGCUCCAGCGGCAGGGUCGCCUGUCCCCCCACCCCCCUGCAGGGUUACCUGUCCUCACACUCCCCACGGGGUCGAGGAUGGAGCAGUACCACCGCAUUGAGCCCUUGAAGACUGUGCGCGGAACCCACAAGACCAUCAAGUUUGGACUCCAUAUUGUUACGUGGAACGUGGGAACGGCGGCUCCUCCUGACGACGUCACCACAUUAUUCCAGUUGGAGACUGAGACGCAGGAGAUGGACAUGUACAUCAUCGGUUUGCAGGAGCUGAACUCGAAGGUGUCCUCGUUCCUGGUGGACAUGGUCUUCCAUGACCCCUGGACCCUCUUCUUCACCAACUUCCUGGCUCCCCUGGGCUACGUCAAGGUAUCCUCCAUCCGGAUGCAGGGUCUUCUGCUGCUUGUCUACAUCAAGUACCUGCACUUGCCGUACAUCCGGGACCUGCGGACCAGCUACACCCGCACCGGGCUGUUCGGAUACUGGGGUAACAAAGGGGGUGUGGCUGCCCGCCUGUCUGUCUACGGACACCUGCUCUGCUUCCUGAACUGCCACCUGCCAGCUCACCUCAACAACAGCAGCCAGCGCAUCAGCAGCUUCCAGAGGAUCCUGGCCGUGCUGCAGUUCACCAGCGAGACAGCCCCGUCCAUCCUAGAUCACGACCUGCUGUUCUGGUUCGGAGAUCUCAACUUCCGCAUCGCGGACCACGGACUGCACUUCAUCCGGGAUUCGAUCAGCAAGAACCGCUUCCACUUGCUGUGGGAUAAGGACCAGCUGAAUAAGGCUAAAAAGAUGGAGCCGGUGCUGAGUGGGUUCCUCGAGGGACCACUGCUCUUCAAACCCACCUACAAGUUCAACCUGGACUCCACAGACUACGACACCAGUGAAAAGAGACGUAAACCAGCCUGGACCGAUCGUAUCCUCUGGAGAGUUAAGGAGUGUUGCCAGGACGAGGGGAGUGAGCACCAGAGGUCCGAUGCCAAGAAGCCCAUCGGGGUCGCCUUGAACACCUACAACAGCCAAAUGGAAUAUGGAGUCAGCGACCACAAGCCGGUGCUGGGAACCUUUUGUCUGGAGUUGGAGAAGAGGAUAACUCAGCCUCUGGUGGAACUACAGGCCGAGGGGCAGUGGCUGCCCGGCCGGGAUGCCGUCAUCUCCUACUGCACGGCGGAGGACUAUCCUAGCAGCUCCUGGGACUGGAUCGGACUCUUCAAGAUGGGAUUCCGAAGUCACGGAGACUAUGUGACGUAUCUCUGGGUGAAGGACGAUGAGCUGACGGUUCAUGAGGACAUUUAUCAGGUGUACCUGAACGGUGAGGAGAUCCCGGCUGCUGGAGGGGAGUUUGUUCUCUGCUACUACAGCAGCAACAUGGAGUCCAUCGUCGGAGUCAGCAGUCCAUUCCAGAUCCUGCCGGAGUGUGCUGGGAACCCUCUGGAGAUGGACCCUGGGAUGGAGACGUGUGCGGCACAGGCUGACAGUGAUUCGGACACGUGCUGAGCGCCACCACCGACCUAGGUCACACACACGCACCUCGGGGGCGCUGCCCUUCCCCGGGGCCGCUCUGCUGGGGACCCCCACCCCCCAAGUGACGGACUGUUACUGUUCCCUUUAGAUUCUAAAUCAAUCCACUGACAGGUUGGGAUUGGCCAGGGAUUAGGGCCCAUCCUGAGCUCAGUGUGUGCAGGGGAGGAGGGCAAUCCUGCCUCCAUCAGCUGGGAGUGUUGCUGCUGGUGUCGGUACCCUGCCCCACCCUGCGCAUAGAACCUACAGAUGUUUUAAUUAAUCUUUCUAUGUUUAUUACUGUUCUGCAGCAGGAAUAUUACGAUGUUCUGCACACAUUUAUCCAGACCUUCCGUCUUGUGUUUCCCUGUUAACCUCUGAAAGAUAUCUCUGCGUCCUGUGGACCCUUUCUCCCUGCCUCGCCCCCCUGUCUGUCUCUACGGGACAGCCCCCCUCCCGCUCUGCCUUUGCCUGGUUGUCUCCCUCUCCCUCCACACCAACUCCACCAUGUGCACUAACCCCACCAAUGGGGCAGAAAUGGCCCCCAGCACUUUGUCCCAGGUGGAACCUGCUCCACAGAUGAGGGCCGUCACCAGUCACAUCCUCUCCGAGGGAGCUACGGUGUUGACGCUCGGCUGCUCGGACAGUGCACCAUCUCUGGUCCCGCGCUCCCUCGCGUCCCUGGGAAACCUCGACUGACAGUAAUCACUGCCCACUCCUUCACUCUUUGGUUAUCAAGGCACGACCCUCUGCUCCCCCACCACCUGCCCUCCCCACGGGACACCCUCUCGAGGAAGGGGUUCAUCCUGUGAGGAUAUGAACGAGGUUGUUGUAGCGGAGGGUGAGAAAUUCCCACACGGUCUGUUCCUUUUACUGACUGACCUUUAACACAAUGUCUCCCAAAAAGCUGCAGUCCUGGGCUGAAGCGACUACUUGGGCUUGUCUUUAAAACCCACGGACGUAGCCACUGUCCCAGGACAGACCUGCCUUCGUUACUCUUCCUUCCUCACCACAGAAUUCUGCUUCAUCCAGAAUGUCCCUCGAUCUUUGGAAUGUUAUCUGCUGUGAAAACCUUUGCUCAAUGUCUGCUCUUUGGUCCUUACUUGCAAAGCUGCCAGGGCCCAGGAUACACUGAUGCCCCUGUCCUCUCCUGUCUGCUGUGCAGAGGGGGAUUGAACAAAGGCACAAGUGGCCCAGGGUGGGUGAGGGCUGUGAGGCAGAGAGAGACGUGUGGAACUGAGGGAGUGUGUCGCAGGAGGAGUGGGGGGGUCACCGUCCCCGGAUAUGCUUCAUUUGCACUGUCCACAUAGGAUCAAGAGGAUUCCCACAAUCCUGGGUAAUCCAGGGUCACGGGAUCAUCCCAGUCUCCAGGGUGCUUCCAGUCACAGCCGGAGUUCCUGGGAUCUCGGUUCAUCCUGGGAGCUUCAGUAUUCUCAGCAUGGAGUGAGCAGACAUUCCCUGAAUCUGGGCCGAUCCUAGUUGUUGCUGGAAUUCCUGGAAUCUGGCAUGAUGCUGAGUCCUGGGAUAAUCCCAAACUCUGAGCCAUCCCAGUCACAGCCAGAGUUCCCAGGAUCUGGGGUCGGGAAGUUUAACCUAUGUUAUUGAAUGGUCUGACACAACUGUUUUUAAAUGUUUUUACUCCAAGAAUGUUUGGUUGAUGAUUUAUAGAUAUGAUUUUUAAAUAGCACCAGAUUGGCUCAGUUAUCAACGUUAAAUAAAAACACACAAUUCCAGA